AUGAAUAUGAAGUAUCAAAUUUACAGAUUUCAUUCAUCUUCUGGACUUUCUAAAUUUCAUGGUCAUAAUGCAAAUGCAUUGCCAACUUUACCACAAAUCACUUUGCCUUUCCCUCCAGUAAUUCGUGCAAUUGAUAUCGCAAAAAAAAGAAUUCGUUCAAAGAUCUGUAAAAAAAGUCCAAAUGCUUUUUUCGUAUAUAGAAAAGCUUUUGUGGAUCAUCUUUCAAAAUUACAACAUAAAUUGAAAAUGACUGAAGUAUCUAGGUUGGUUAGUUCUCAUUGGAAGAAUGAAAAACCAGAAAUUAAAAGAAGAAGAAACAAAAAUCUUGAAAAGCGUGCUCGUCGAUCUGCUGCUUCUUUUGGCUCCCUAGAUGCUUGCAAAAAUUUUGUGUCAACCAUUGAUUUCUCUAAGGAACCUCCUGCUGAACCAAUUAAUGUUCAUCAAUCUCCAUAUUCAACUUUUACCGACAAGACUCUGUCGGAUUCUUUUUCAUCUUUAGAAAAUUCUAAUAUUUCCAAUAGCAUUACUCAGUUCUACGAUUACGCAAGUAGUGAUGAUUUGGAUUGCAUUACUCUUGAUUCUAAUAAUCCUAUUUUUGAAAACAAUGCUCAUAAUUCUGUCAAUAUUCAAUCACCCGUUGAAUCAAAUUUCGUUCUCGACCCUAGUAUUAAUACUAAUAUUUCCGCUGCAUCACAAAUUGAUCAGUUCGUUUUCUCUGUUCCCGAUUGUCAUCCCGAUAUCGCUUCUCCGUAUGAUGAUGAUUCUGCUUCCACUACUAGUCCUACAAUUUCUGAACAUUCCGAUUUUUUUCCUACGCAAUUGGCAGAUGAUUUUCAAUCGAAUGAUAUUUAUAAUGAGAACCCAUCGCAAAUCAUUAUUUGUUACGAUAACAAUAUGUAUUGGGAGUUUCCUGAUGAUCUAAUUACAAAUCGUACUUUCGAUUAA